GUGGAGAAUUGAAUUAUUUGUUCUAGGUAUCCAUUUGUCUAAAGAAAGAGUCUUUAUUAACAAAUGCGAAUACAUUCAAAGCUGUGCAGAAUUAUCAACAAGCCGCUUAGCACCAUCUGGAGGAAAGUUAUCUUAUUUUCAAAAUCUUCUAACUCGGUACCUAGAGCACAUACUGUAUCAUAAGGACAGUAUCACCACGGCUAAAUCUGACCAGCAAACACUAAACCCAAAUUCCCUCGCAUUAAAAAAGAGUUUACCGGUCAUUGAAUCUAACAGGACCCAUGUGUUGAAACAGCAGAUGUCGUAAAUAUUAUUUUAAAAGACUACUGCAUCGAGAGCGGGUAAAUACAGAGAUCUGUUGCAGAAAAGAGGAUACCUGUGCGAUAAAUCUCCGCUUUGUAACCCUGUAAACUUUGGAUUUAUAAGCAUGUUUCAAAACUCGGGGGAAAUUGAAUGGUGAGUGGAUUUUUUUAAACACUUCAUGCGCAAGAAUGCAUCUCGUUUUCAGAGGAAAUUCAAACAAAGAACCAGCGCAGGCCAAUCGGAAUCAAAUAUUUAUAUAUAAUUGAUUUCCUGGUAAGAGGAACACGCAGUCGUUUCGUACUGAAAUUAAGCGUCAGUAAACAGGGGGUAUAGCUCACCUACUGUAAGUGCCAAAAGCCAAGUACUGAAAACAUGGAGGUCCUGCCCUGUGUAUAAUCUUGGAGAGCCGCCAGCGGUGCUGCAGAAUGGGUUUUUUUUUAACACGCAAGUCUCGUGCAGGUAGACUUGAUUGAGCGAAGAAGGCGAACUUAAUCUUCAGAGCUUCAACCAAGAGGAGCUAUCCAUGGUGAUGAAGCAUGUCUGCUGUCCUUUGCUGUCAUCAAACGAUAGCAUCUUUUCGCAGGUAACACUUAAAUGGACCUACAAACAGUGCAAGUAUCCGAUUCAGAGCAGUAGUAUGUACCGUAUUCUUGCAAGGGGGGCAGCCUCCGUGCUCUCUCAUAGUGUGCAACACCUGAUGUGAAGAACAAGAGUACCGCAGUCGCGCAGCUUGGAUGAUAAAGAAAAUCGGCAAGGGCACACAGACAUGAAAGCAGAAAAGGGACUACGUGCGUUUGUUUCAGACUCGAAAAGGCAACGAGAUGUUUCAGAUGUGACGUCGACAUCCAUUACUUUCUGUGCAUUUCCACUUGCUUUCCAUAACGACGACGUUUGGAUCCAAAGCCAUGUUAUCGCCACGACCCCUAAAGAAAAAGUUAAUAUGAUUUCAUUUGUAACGUACUUGAAGUUGAUUGAAGAGUAGCUUUGGGACACUGAACUGCAAACAAAUCUUAUGAAACCUGCUAACAGGUUCUGUCGAAAUUAAAUGCACGGAUGAUCUGGAAAAGAAACGAUUUGCAAAAUAUAUCAAAUACACAAUGUUCACCGCAUUAAUAUAACUGCCGUGGUUACCAUGGUUAAUAGCGCAAUAAGUUAACUGGAAAAACUAGUGGAUUUCUGUCUGGAAGCGAACUUUUUUUUCAAGAGGAAAAAAUAAAAUAAAGGAAGGCAUGGCACAAGUCCCUAUUUAUGUGAACUGUAUUGCGCUGGUGCUUUCUAGCUGUAACAUCCUUUUGGUGGAAGCAAAUAGGCCACCAGCUCCUGUCAAUGUUACUGUCACACACCUGAAAGCAGAUUCGGCCACCGUGUCCUGGGACGUUCCUGAGGGAGAUGUUAUCAUCGGAUAUGCCAUUUCUCAGCAGAGACAGGAUGGGCAGAUGCAAAGGUUCAUCAGGGAAGUUAAUACCACAAAUCGUGCUUGUGUCCUCUGGGACCUAGAUGAAGAAACAGACUACAUUAUCCAGGUCCAAUCCAUUGGACUUUAUGGGGAAAGCCAAGCCAGCAAAAGAAUUCAUUUUCGGACCUUGAAAAAGUCUGAUCGCUUCCCAUCCAACAGCUCUAACCAAGAUGACCCGACAGUGCAGGGACUGGAUAAAUCGCGACAUCUUCAAACUGGGGAGCUGAUCAUUAUAGCUGUGGUUCUCAUCAUGUGGGCAGCUGUGAUCGCUCUGUUCUGCAGACAGUAUGACAUCAUUAAAGACAAUGAUUUCAACAACAACAAGGAAAAGGCCAAGCCGUCCUCAGAGCACAGCACGCCGGAGAGACCUACUGGGGGGCUCCUGCGCAGCAAGUUCCAGAAAACAGCACCAUCAAUCAACAUCAUUGAAGUCUGAUGCAAGAAAUUCAGAUUCUAACUCCCACCCCUGUCUGUCCCAAUCUUUCUCUAUCAAGAAAAAUUGCAGAGCGUUACAUGAAUAAUGCUAUUUCUAUGACCAAACCCACACUAAAACUGAAGGCACAUUUGCCCCUGAAAACAGUGUCCAUGAUGUACAGUGCAUGAUAAAUACAAUGUUGAUCCACAUCAUUCCUUGAGCUACACCUUUAAGUACAGUUUUAACACUGCUUUUCAAUGGAUCCACUUGUACUGUAUAUUAUGAAGAAAAAAGAACAGAAGAUGUGAAGGACUAAUGGCACUGUGUAAAAAUGGGAGCUACAGUUUCUUCAAUGUAAAAUAUCACAGGAAAGUAGCAGAAGCUGGGAAUGUUUCUGUUACCUAAUCUUUUUACAUUUUUUUCUUUCACCUGUAUGUUUGUGUUACAGAUUUCUGUAUGUUACAGAUAUGCACUACAUGUAGGCCAACAUUAAUUAGGAAUUAGACUUUUUUUUUUCAUUAAAAUGGAAAAAUCCCCAUAAGAAGCCUUUAUCAGACUGGAUAGCCUUGUAAAUUUCUAUAGUUACCAUGACGAUCUUUGAUUUCAUGAACAGUGUCUGAGCUAUGCUUUAAAAAGACCCUUUUCCUAUCCUACAUGUGAUUUGGAAAUCAUCAUAAUAGAGAAAGAUCAAGAUAUUUUCUUCAACAAAAACUGAACUACUUUUCAAAGAUAUUUUGACUCAUUUUUAUAGCCAUACAAGAAUGGAUUGUGCUUCUUAAAAAUAAUAUAAUAAUGAAGAAUGUGCAUGUUGGCGUUAUAUUAUGCUGUGGAUUAAGCACUUAAUUUGAAAUAAACAAAACUCUUAAUUUGCCAAAUUCCUGUUUACAAAGGUGAACUCACAAAUGUUGUCACAAAAGGGAAUGUGAUUUGUUUACAGAGUUGUCUUUAUCAGUCUUUAUCACUGCCGGCACUUAAUUUAUUUUUUAUGAUAUUUGGGAAAUGUAGACCAGAUAUGAAUACACCAAAUCAAAAGAAAAUGUAUAUCUGACAGGUAAAUAAAGCCCUCAUGCACCAAAUGA